AUGGUUGCGACUGAGUGCCAGAAGGAUAGCUUCAAAAUUAUACUCACAUUUAACACUGAGACUUUGGUGAGCGCUGAUUGGCUUCUUCGUCGCGGGGUUGAUGACGUCACACCUGACCUUUGCCCCAUUAUCAGCGGCCGUGACCUUUACCUCUGCCCUUGCCCUGGUCACCACACCUUCGUAAGCUACUGUAAUGGACAGCUUUUCCUCACCCUUGUACAUCCUGGAAAGAAAGACUGCAUCGGUACCUACAAGACAUCGGGAGGCGGAAUACCCCCCUCAGACACGCAGACAGCGUUUAUGGUGUCCCCUGCAGCGACGUCUGCGCCUUCCGCCGUCUCCUCCACCUCCACCACAGGCCAGCCAGGGCGCUCUGGGGAAAAGGGGAAAGAGGAGAUUAUUUUUGGCAUUUCCUACACUUCAGUUUAG